CCUUAGGCGGUUGUUUCGCUUCCUCAAGAUGCCAACUAAACGUAUUCUCCCAUGGAAAAUACCAGACUGGCUUCUAGAUGAUCCUUUAUUAAAUAAAUCUAUAUCAGAAUAUUUACCAGUUCACUAUAAUUUUGAGAUCCAUAAAACCAUAUGGCGUAUACAUUGUCUUCGAGCCAGGCGGAUUGCUUUACAAAUGCCAGAAGGUUUGCUCUUGUUUGCAAUACCAAUUUCUGAAAUUAUUCGAAAUUACUUUAUUCGUAGUAAUAAAACCUCAGUUAAUGCUCUUACUAUCUCUACUAACGAUACUACUGUAGGUGAGGACAGUAUUAAAGAUAUUGAUGUUGUAAUUUUGGGCGAUGUGACUUAUGGAGCUUGUUGUGUGGAGGAGCUGACUGCAAAAGCUCUUGGUGUUGACUUGCUUGUACAUUAUGGUCAUAGUUGCUUGGUACCGUUGGACUCAAUUUCUGUUCUAUACGUAUUUGUUGAUAUUCAGAUCGAUAUCGUCCAUCUCAUAGAUAGUGUAAAGGCUAACUUUGAGAAGUCUUCCCGUUUAGCCCUUGUUUCUACAAUACAAUUUGUUACUAGUUUGCAGACUGCUAAACAACCAUUAUUAGAAGCCGGCUACUCAGUUACCAUCCCUCAGUGCCUUCCUUUAUCGCCUGGUGAAAUACUUGGAUGUACAUCUCCUAAAGUAGAAGGUGUUGAUGCCUUAAUCUACGUGGGUGAUGGUCGCUUUCAUCUUGAAUCUAUUAUGAUAUCUAAUCCGUUGUUAGCUGCUUAUCGUUAUGAUCCCUACAAUAAGUCAUUUACGCGUGAAUACUAUGAUCAUAAAGUAAUGCGUAAACAUAGAAAAAAAGCUGUUGAUACCGCAAGAAAUGCUGUCAAUUUUGGGAUAAUAUUGGGUACACUCGGAAAACAAGGGUCAUCAACCGUUGUGAAACGACUUCAGACAGAAUUGGAAAAAUCAGGAAAGACUUACAUUAUACUAUUGCUGUCUGAAAUAAUUCCAAGUAAAUUAGCGCUUUUCGAUGAACAAGUAGACGUCUGGAUUCAGGUAUCUUUAACUUUUCGGUUUUAGGCUUCAAUUCAUAUAUGCGUAUGACAAUUUUUAAGUGCCGUAAGCGUUAAAAUGACCUGAUUUUAUGGUUGAAGUACUUUUAAUGGGCUUGGAAAUUAGAAACGCGAUUUACUAUAACCACUUAAGAUGUACUCCAAUAAUAAAUUGUCUGGUUCGUGCUAAACUUCUUCAGCUUUGUCAAUGGGCGACAUAAUAUGUUUGAUGUCUUGUAAGCCACUCCAUUCGAUUAUGGACGUUUCGUCAUCAGAAUUGACUUCGUUAUGAACUCGUUAUUUCCAUCUACAAAUACACUUGCUAAAAGAACCUCAACUCAACCACUCAGAAUAGUCGAACUAAUCCGCCAAAAGACUGCUAUAAAGACAAAAACGACAGUAAAUGACUUAAUGGAUCGAUGUUACAAUUAGUCUAGCGCAUCCAUACGUUAUUUAGACCUGCUCCUCUCCUAUCCAGCUUAGCACUUCGGUGGCAAAUGUUGUAAACAGUCAAGUUGGCAAAGAUUCACAGUCUGAUCAGUCGACUUGCUAUUUCGACUUUAAACAUUAUGCUUACAUUCAGUAUGUGGUUCUACCACACUCAGACAGUGAUUUGAAGAAAUACACUUGUCCUCAACCUUCGCUGGCUGUUUUUUACAGACAAGAACAUAAAGCCAACUGCUGUGCAGUAUACUUCUCGUUUGUUUUUAAAAAACAAACCCACAGGCGCGGGAGGUGGAAUAUGUUAUUCGUUAUUCACUACCCUUUCGGAAUUUCCAAGGUAAAUGAGGGUGUCGUCAUGUAUCAGUAAUUAAUUUACUCUGUAUGAUCCGAAAAUGUAUUGAUUCAAAUCAGUCCUCAAGCAAUAUUUUGAACAUAAAGGAGGAUAAAUGUAUCCCAACCAUCCUUCCAUCAUCACUUAAAGCUUUUAGAAAACUCUGAAAUUUUCCAGCACCCUCAUCGAAUACAACAAUGCCAUUUGCAUACUCCAAGUCAAUAAGGUGUAGAUUUUACACAUCCUUGUUGAUCAUAUAACAUUUUACUUUUAUUGCAUAAAUUUGUCGACUCAAAAGAGCUACUUCAUCAUUCUUUUUUGCUCCAAAGGUUGCAUGUCCUCGUCUUAGUAUUGACUGGGGUGUUGAGUUUACUAAACCUUUACUCACACCAUACGAAGCAUUCGUUGCUUUAAAUGAGCAAGUUUUUUGGCCUCGAGAUUUAUCCGAAGCCUAUCCCAUGGAUUAUUAUGCUAACCAAAGUUUGGGACACUGGACACCAAAUCACAGGUUGAAUAAAUUGAGUGCACCAAAAACCGUUAACUAAAAAGAUAUCUUACUUGUAAAAAUGGCUGCUGUAAAUAUAACUUACUAUUAGAACUAAA